UCACACAAUUCUUGGACUUGAAAUGGGGUCCACAAAGAUAAGUGAUUCAAAACACCGAAAACAAAGUUGCGCAUUUAAAAAGGUAAUACUCGUAUUAAACAUGUUUUCUCGAUGAAUUUCUCGUACGUUGUGAAAUCGAUCAGUUGUGGCAAUUUAACAGUGCUUCGCCUGAAAUAUAUGUAUAUAGAAUAACUGGUGUUGGAUAGCCUGCGAACGGCAGACGUUUCUCCUCGCUCAUCGCUGCUGAGAGACGUUUCGCAAACUUCAGCGAACCCAGCAGGCGAUAAGCGAGGAGAAACGUCUGUCGUUCGCAGGCUAGGUGUUGGAAAGUGGCGUACCCACACAAGAGCAACCAACGGGGAAAGCUUCCGCUUUUCGAAGUGGUCUGAAAAACGUGCCGUUUUUACGUUUUUCAUUUUCCUCUGCAUGCACUUUAUUUUGUUUCUAAAACAGUACCUUAUUCGUUGAAACCAUGCGUAAGGGGCCAUGGAAAUCCGCCGGCCUCGUCUCACUCUUACUAUUUGCAGGCGGAGAUGGCAAAACGAUGAGUAUAAAAAGAAAGUAUAUAUAUAUGGUUGUUUGUAUCAAAGAGGUUUUGAUGAUGAAAGAAAUGAUUGAGUGUUUUUAACGUUUUGUUCGAAUGUGGUUGCAGAUGGUCAUAUCAAGCGGGCACGUAAAUGGUCAUCACGUUGAUAAUCAUCUUCCUUGAUAAUUGUCUUCGCAACUUUCGAGCAUUUAUCGUACCGUUGAACCUCUCUAAUAAGGACACCGAAGGGACAGAGUGAAGUGUCCGUAUAAAAGUGGUCACUGUGAUGACGUCACUUUUAAGACUGUACUUACAGUUUGACGUGUUCAGUAGCUAAAACCAGGUCCACACUGGUCUUUAAACUGCAUUUAAAGUUAUUAAUUCACAGUACAAAGACACUGUCUUUCAGUAGCAUAGAACAUUGUACAUCUCAGCUACAGACAAAUCACUGGUCUAAAACGAAACGAGCAACAGCGCAAAGCUGCAUGGAAAAAGUUGUAACGUAAAGCACAAUUCUGAAAGUGUCUUUCGCUAUUUUGCAAGUGAAGUAAACAGUAAAUAGAGUACAAACUCUAAUAGAAAAGAUCUUAAUGCUAUCUGUAGUUAUUGAAGCCUUCAAAAAGUCGGUUAUGUUCCUUUGUACACCUUUCGCAAAUAGUUGUUUGGUAUAAAGCGACUGGGCUUCAUAUCAUCUUGCACAGAUCAUUAACCAGCCUAGACGGGAUUCACCCUGUGCAGAUUCACCUGAUCGGGAUUCGGGAUUCACCUGAGCACCGCAGUGUCCGUAAUAAAGAGAAUAAGUUCACAUGAAUUUACUCUCUGGGGCCGAGAUUUAGUGUCCGUUGCCCGUAUUAGAAAGAGUCCGUAUUACUGAGGUUUUUUUAAAAAAUAUAUGAGAAUUUUGUCGGGACAUUGAAAACUGUCCAUAAUAGAGAGGUGUCCGUACCGAGAGGUUCGACUGUAGUUAGAAAUGAGGUCAUUUUUUAAACCUAUCAAUCAUUGUUCUCAUCACCUUCAUCAUCAUCAUCAUCAUCAUCAUCAACAACAACUUCAUCUGAAUUCAAUAAGUAUUCACCUGUUAACCUUACCGUCGUUCUGUUCACCAAAACCUUCCUUAUAAGCUUCUUUACUAUCCUUUUUGUCCUUUUUAUAACUUUACAGAUGAAGGAGCUCGUUAUAUACAUUUUAAGUGGAAUUCCCUUAACAAUCCCCUCGAUCUUUUACUAUCAUGAUCAUAACCAUUAUGAAUUAUCACUUGUGUGUUCCGUGGGAAUCUUCUUUGGAAUACACGUCAUGCUGGCUGUCAUCGCAGUCCUUGAUUCAGGGUGUGAAAAAAAUCCCAUCAAAGUUCACAGUUCAAAAGUGGAAGAACAAAGAGAAAAGAGAGAAGAAAAUGUCGUGCCAGUUCCUGAUUUAGGAGUGGAAGAGCGCAGAGAAACUGCCACGACAGUUCCUGAUCAAGGGGCGGAAGCUCAAGAAGAAGGGUGUGAAAAAACUGUUAUUGCGAAGCCUGGGUUAUAUCAGGAGGAACAGAAAGGAAGGUGUAACGAAACUGUCAUCCAGGUUCCUGAUUCAGUAGUGGAGGAAACGGCCAUGCCAGGUCCUGUCUCAGAUGAGAAAACAGAACAGAAUGAAGGGUAUCCGGAAAGUGUUAUUUCAAUUAUUUCAGGAUUCUGUGCAAACAUUGUCAGGUGAGAGAAUUGUUUGUGUCCGUCAGGAUGACAUGUUUCUGCUAUUUGAUAAUAAACGGCUCGUUUCGGUUUCCCCCUACAGUUUGGUUACAGUGGGUAAGUCUUUUCCUUGCUGUUGCCAAGACAUCGAUGUUAGCCAUAUUGUACACGAGCACUAUGUAAGCGCCGAAUGAAUGUGGGCAAAAGAACAGGCUUCAGUUACUUCUAAUAUAAAACGCAGUUAAGGAAUUCCAUUUGUUUCCAUUUUCAUUAAUACUCGAGGCAAAAAUGAGCUAUCAUCAUUAUCAUCACCAUCAUCAUCCUUCAUCAUCAUCAUCAUCAUCCAGCCAUUAACAAUAUUUUCUGAGGGAGGGGAGCAUGCAAGAUUUGUUUUGAAAAACCAACCAUCCAUCGCUGACUCUUUUCAGGUGGUUUACGGUGCACAAUUCUUUCGUCUACAAUCUGAGAUUAUUAUUCUCCAAGGACACCAUUGGGCCAAUUCCACCAGCAGUCUUGCUACUCAGCGACGGUGGUCAUUACCAAAAUCUGGCCGUUUUGCCACUAUUGCAGAGGAAACUGAAAAGGAUUGUUGUUGUGGACGGAGGACAUAAAGACAAAAAGGACAAAUACGGAGACAGUCUUCUUGAUGCACUGAAGAUUGCUCGUACAAAGCUGAACUGCUCAUUUUAUAAUGAAGAUGGCAAAGAUGUCAUUACAGGCCUGAUGCGAUCGUUUGUGAACCCUCAAAAACGGAACAAACCACAUUGUUACAAGUAUGUACUCUCCGCUUUAUGAUAUCAUACCUUUUCUAUAGUUUGAAUAGAACUCUUUUGGCAAUGACGUCUCUCGUUCUAACAAAACUUUAACCUUUUCACUCUAUAUAAAGUGGGCAAAGUCAAAUACAACAAAAUUUUCUAAAUUUCAUUUUGCAACAUAAUAAAAAACAAAUAGCACCUUGUGAAAGUAAUGCCAAAGAGGUUUCAUUUGCAUGAAUAUGGAAGUCGCUAUUCAUUCUGGAAGUGAAAGUGUUACUAGACUAUAAGUUCUUAGACUAUUUUGAAGUAAACAGGACGUUUAUUGUCCCUCGUAGCGGAUGGGACGUAAGAACGGGCGGGUGCCGAACAUUUUUUUUUUUUCAGCAAUGAGGACGUUCAGGGGGAUAAAAACGGGUCUACCUUAGAACAAUCAAAUUCUUUUAAAUGUCUCAUGCAUUGAUCGCUAAUAACUUUGUCCCCUGAAAUUUUUUGCGGUGAUGAUUUUGAAGUCAUUAAUGGCGGCGCUGAAUCAUGAGUGCAUGCUUGAAAAAGUUAAAUUGCAAUUCCAUGUUUACUCACAUACUUUGCAAUCAUUAAAGCGCAAGCAAAAUAUGCAGGUGAUCAUUAGGUUGCGGGCUUAUAACGGCAGACAUAACAGCAAACUAGUUACGUUCAGAGGCCUAUCAUGAAACUCUUUAUUUUAACACCAAGACGUUAUAAGACACGCCUUACGUUAGGGUCAGUUAUAUUAGGAGACUGGCCUCUGACGGUUAAAAAGUUUUUAUUUUUGCGGCUGUGAAUGCAGCUCGUGCUUGUACUUACUUUUUUUCGUAUUUCUUGAUUAAGAACGAUUAACACCUUAAUUUGUUUUUAAAUUGAACAGUGUUUACCAUGCUAUAUCAAGACCGAUCACAGUUAACCCUGUAAAAAUGUUUUUAUACAGAUUUAAAGUCCACUAUGAUACAGAAAAUGAAGAUGGAGAAAUCAUUCUUCUUGUUCCAAGGAAACCCGAGGAUAUUCUGAGCAAAGAAAAAAACAAGGAAUUAACUUUCUGCUGCUGCGAGUGUUGUCACAGCAAAUCAAGUUUAUGUGCUGGUUUGUCUAAGUGCCUUUGUAACGCGUUCCCCCAACAUAACACCGUCAAUCAAUUCUUCACACCCCGGAUGUUUGAGGCUUAUCACGAGGAGGGACGCCGGGCCUGCGAAGAGGCUCAAGCUGAUGAGUUUUUGAAAACUCUUUGCCCUGCAAACAUUUCAGACAGUUCGGGAGAACCAACUAGACAUGCCCUCCAGCCUCUGGGUGGCGGAGGCAGUUCUAAGGAUAACGAAAUUCCAUGCAUUAUCCGAGAUUAA